AUGGAAACGGUAGGAUUUAUCGGACUGGGCAACAUGGGCGGCGGUAUGUCUGCCAACAUACAGAAGGCCGGUUACUCGAUGGUCGUAUAUGACCUGCGCGAAGAGGCUGCCCGGCCCCUGCUGGAAGGCGGCGCGCGCCUCGCCAACACCCCCGCCGAAGUUGCCGCGGCCAGCGACAUCACCUUCACGUCCCUGCCCGGCCCCUACGAAGUGGAGUCGGUUUCCCUGGGCGCUUCGGGGGUGCUGGAAGGCAUUCGCCCGGGCAGCGUCUACAUCGACCUGUCCUCCAGCCGACCCACGCUGAUACGGGAGAUUGAACCCCAGUUCCGCGCCAAAGGAGCCUUCGUCCUGGACGCCCCGGUCAGCGGCGGCAAGACGGGUGCGGCGUCGGGCAACCUGGCGGUCAUGGUCGGCGGUGACCGCGAGGUAUUCGACCGGGUGAAGCCGGUGCUGGACGCCUUCGGCGACAAAGUCUUUUACGCUGGUGAGAUUGGAGCCGGCAGCGUCGCCAAGUUGGUGCACAACAUGAUCGGCCACAGCGUCCGCCAGGCCAUUGCCGAAGGACUCACCCUGGGCGUCAAGGCCGGCGUGGAGCCCGAGGCUCUGUGGGAGUGUAUACGCCGGGGCUCGCUGGGCAGGAUGCGGGUGCUGCACGAAGGGCUGGUGCGCACCAUGUUCCGGGGCGAGUUCGAGCCGGCCAGCUUCGCCCUCAAUCUGGCCUUUAAGGACAUCUCCCUGGCUACUGAACUGGCCCGCGAGUACGACGUGCCGAUGCCGAUGUCGACGCUGGCCGAGCAAAUUGCCCUGACGGCAAUGAACCGAGGCUGGGCCGAGAUGGACAGCAGCAUCACCGUGCGACUGCAGGAAGAGCAGUCUGGGGUUGAGGUGCGCGCGCCCCACGUCGAUCCGGCGCGAGCCGGCCGCUUCAUCAGCACCCACCCCGACGACGAGUAG